UUGAUAUAUUUAAUAUAUUUAAUAUAUUUAACAUAUUUAACAUAUUUAACAUUUAUUUUGUUACUAUGGGCAUAAAAGGUUUCUUACCAUUAUUUAAACAAGUACAAGAAGAGGUCCACAUAAGAGAGUAUGGUGGUGUAAAAGUCGCCAUCGAUGGCAAUGUGUGGCUACAUAAAGGCGCAUUCUCAUGUGCAUACGAUCUUGCAACCAACAGACCUACGCGCAGAUACGUCGAAUAUUUUAUACGCCAGGUUGAUAUGCUUCUCUACCACAAAGUCAUUCCAAUAAUCGUAUUCGAUGGAAAGCCUCUUCCUAUAAAAUCACACACUAAUGACCAACGCUCCAAAGAUCGAAUAAAUGCGCGCGAAGCAGGUUACGAAUUAAAAAGACAAGGGAAUACGCGUGCAGCAACAGAGCAAUUUCAAAAAGCAAUCUCAAUAACUCCUGAGAUGAUUGCCCAGGUGUCAAAGGCAUUGGCUAUUCGAAAAGUGCAGACAAUCGUGGCACCUUAUGAAGCAGACUCCCAGUUGGCUUAUCUUAUUAAACAUAACAUAGUAGAAGCAAUUAUAACUGAAGAUUCUGAUCUUCUUGUAUUUGGCUGUAAAACUGUUCUCUUCAAGAUGGAUCGUUCAGGAACUGCCAUGCGAUUAAGACAGAAAGACCUUCCACUUACAACUGAAAUCAAUAUUUCUGGUUGGGAUAUAGAUAAAAUCCGGAGAAUGUGUAUUCUGUCAGGGUGUGAUUACCUCGAGUCACUUCCUGGUAUUGGUAUCAAACGAGCGCACAAUUAUCUCGUUAAUUUUAAGACUUACGAAGCCGUGCUGGCACGACUGCGAAUCGAAGGAAAAAUGAAAGAUACAAAAAAUUACGAAGAAUUGUUUGAAAAAGCAGAAAAAGCCUUUCUGUACCAACAUGUAUAUGAUCCAAUUACAAAGGAGUUCGUCACGCUUAACCCUCUCCCUGAUAAUAUCCCUAUUGAAACACUCGAUUUUCUCGGA